UUCCGACUCCUUCUCAACACUCCAGAAGAAGUUUGUUUGUCCAACAAACGCCGUCACAUGCCGUGCCCAGAGCUGCUGUUGCGAGACGAAAAGACGACAACUAGUAUGCCAUUGAGGAGCAACAACGCGAGGAAGAUCUAACAGCACAGCAACAACACAGCAGCAAGAGCGCAGUCCAACACCGCAAUCCAACAGAACCGGGAACAACACAGGAGGUUUCAGAGGGCGGAACGAGGCACACCGAUACAGUACGGCCCAGAAACACGCACCGUUCCUUGUCGAUCGAUUCGGUGAAACCAACAGCAACCGGCAACAACAACAACAACAAAAAGCAAGCAACAACCAUGGACCGAAGAAGGCAGCAGAAAAUCCAGAGCGUCCUGCUCGAUUCCUGUGCGGCGGGCGCCGUCGCAAUGCUCUACCACAAGCAGCCCGAAUUCUUCAAUCCGUGGAACCUGAGCCCGGCGCACUGGGUGCUGGGCGGCCUCGCCAUACGGCUGGCCAUCAACUUCUACGACCACCUGGUCGUCUACGCCGUGGACUCCCUCUUUGGACACAAGUACCUGCCGACCCGGACCACGGGAACCCCGGUCCGAUACGUCGAGCUCGACGCCAAGUCCGUCGUCUUUCUCUCCAUCAACGCGGUCCACGAGUGGAUCUUCGUCCAGCGGCUGUGCCACUACCUCUGGCACUCCCAAGAGGUCUCCCUCGACCCGGCGGACCUCGGCCUCCUCAACACGGUCGGCGCCCUCUGGGUCAUGUUCGUGGUCCUGGACCUCUGCUACGCGCCCUGCCACCACCUCCUCCACACGCCGGCGCUCUACCCCCUGGUCCACAAGCACCACCACCGGCAGCACUACCCGACCCGGGGAUACCUCGACGCCGGCAACGAGCACCCCAUCGAGCACGUCAUCGGGGUCCUCUGCACCUGGACCGCAGUCCUGGCGGCCGUCCGCCUCUGCGGGGCCCACUCCCUCGUGGUCUUUUUGUUCUUCAACGUCCACGCGGCCCUGGCCAUGCUGAACCACUCGCCCUACGACGUCGAGUUCGACAUAAUACCCUUUGGGAUACUCACCUACUCGGUGGCAAACCACGAGAUGCACCACCGCAAGUUCACCGUGAACUACGCCCAGUAUUCCAUGUGGUACGACCACCUGGUAAAGACCUUUGCGGGAUACGAGGGGCCGGCGGUGGCCAAGGCCGUCACCAAGCAGCUCUAGCACCGCAGGGACCGAAGCGGGGCAGCGGGUGCGGGUGUGAGCAAGAGAGAGAGAAAAAAAAAAAGAAAAAAAAAACGGCCAUCGAACCGCUCUGGAAUCCACCGUGGCCGGUUGCAAAGACCGCUUGCUUGCCUCGCCUCUUGCCCCCCUCCGCGGGCGGUUCGGUUCGGUUGCGAUUCGUUGGUCGCUGCGAACGCCUCGUUGCCGCCGGAUCGGAAACCGAACCACAGUGUGCAUUGUACAAUAAUAGUAGGAGAAUGUGAUAAAACGAAAUGCGAGUU